ACAAAUAUAUAUUAUAUAUAUAUAUUUAUUAAUAUAUAAACCAUAGCAAAAUGGGUUGUGCAACAGCAACGAUCAAAUAUCUAGUGUUCAUAUUCAAUGCUCUCUGCGCGAUUUUGGGCAUUGGCGUUAUUGUUGUCAACGCCCUUGCCCUUAAAGAUGUUGCCGAGGAGACACGCCCCCUUGUUAUAACCUUCAUUGUGAUCGGUUCGGUUGUCUUUUUAAUAUCGUUCUUUGGUUGCUGUGGCUCCAUCAAACAGAGCACAUGCCUCAUCUGGAUGUACUGCAUUAUCAUGCUGAUCCUUCUGGUGCUGUCCUGCGUGUUGUGCUUUGCCUAUGUGAAUCGCGUUGAUGAGUCACAGAUUUCCCAUGAGCAAUUGAAUACUGCCUGGGAGAAGCAGAAGAAUGGCACGGAUGCCAUGGGCUUCUAUCAGACGACCUUCAAAUGCUGUGGCAUAACAGGCCCCAUUGACUAUACGAAAUCGAAUCUAACAAUUCCAGCUAGCUGUUAUGUAACGAAUAGCACUGCUACUACGUCCACCCACACAGUUUACCCCGAUGGCUGCUUAAACAAAUUGAUCGAUUUCUUUGAGCAGGCCAUGAAAUUGGUUAAGGUAUUUGGCUGGAUUUUGAUAGCCGUUGAGGCUGCCGCCUUUGUAUGCGCCACGAUUUUGGGCAUUCACUUCAACAACGAGGAACGUCGUUCCAGAUAUUAGGCUAGUUUCUAAUUAUAUUCUAUUUGAAUCAGACUAUGCUCCAAAAAUGUUCAAGAAGUUUGAGUAGAAGCUAAUAAAGUAUUUUAAUUAAGC